AUGGCCGCUCAACGGAUCCUCAAGGUCGGCAUCAUUGGCUGCGGUGAAAUCACCCAGGUCGCGCACAUCCCCAACAUCAACUUCCUUUCUCAGUACUUCCAAACAACAUACCUCUGCGAUAUCUCUCAGCAAGCCCUCCAACACUGCGCCAGAAAGGUCCAGGGUGGAGCGCCGAAGACGACCAAUGAUGCCGCCGAACUCUGCUCCUCGCCCGAUGUUGAUGUCGUGGUGAUUGCCAACGCCGACGCCUACCACGUCAAGCACGGCAUCCUGGCUCUUCAAAACGACAAGUACUGUCUACUUGAGAAGCCAGCGGCGCUCUGCUUCCGUGACAUUGAUCUUCUCGUGGAGACAGAGAAAACGUCAAAGGGAAAGGUCAUGGUUGGCACCAUGCGUCGCUUCGCUACCGCCUUCACGGACGCCGUCAAGGAGGUAGGCGGCAUGGAGAAGAUUCAGUAUGCAAGAGUCAGAGAUAUCAUUGGGCCCAAUUCGACCUUUGUCGACCAGUCCGGCACAUUCCCUCAAAAGUUCAACGACUUCAGCGCCGCUGAUACCCAGGACCGUGAGAGCAAUGAGAAGGACAUCUUUGAGCAGGCCCUGGUCAACGAGUUUGGGGUUCCAGCAACGCCCCAGUCGAAAUUGAUGCUGCGACUCUUGGGAGGUCUCGGAACUCACGACCUAUCCGCCAUGAGAGAGAUCAUCGGCAUGCCAAAGAGCGUGGCCGGUGCGCACCUUUCCUUCCCUGGAAUCUUCGCCGCCCUGUUCAGAUACGACGACUUCCCCGUCACUUACGAGUCUGGCUUCAGCAAAGUUCCUCAGUUUGACGCCCAUAUUGAGGUCUAUUCGCCAGAGAAGAUUGUUCGCGUUGAUUUCGACACUCCCUACGUGAAGGGCUUGCCAGUCACGAUGACGAUCCGGGAACUCAUCGGCGACGCCGGUUUUCAGGAGCGCAAGAUUCGAAAGACGUACGUCGAUCCGUACACGACGGAGUUCUUGGACUUUUAUGACUGCGUCGUGAACGGUGAGCAGCCAAAGACGAGCGCGGCUGACGCGAGGAAUGACAUUGAGCUUUUUAAGAUGAUAAUCCAAGCCGACGCUGGAAGGUACGAGAUAUGA